CACUUCUGCCAUCCUUCUGAUAAAAAUCGACCCUCAGACAGACAGACACACACACACACACACACGCACGCAAAAAGGACGGGAUGCUUUACCUGCUACUGAUGAUGGCCGUUGUGCCAUGCUUUACACAAGACAUUAGGCCUCCUGUAAUCCAGCAGAAGUCAGUCGUGAUCAAUGAGUCGGACAUCGUCCUGAACCUCGGCUCCCCUCUGGAGCUGCAGUGCCACGGUGAUGCUCCGGUCGCCUGGCAACCCCGACUGGCCAAACACAAGAAGCACAUCAGCAAGGGCAACGGUAGAACUAAGACAUUCCGUGUGGCGCGAGCCGAGGCAGAACACACAGGAACGUACAAGUGUGUGUACACCAACGCCAGUCUCACACACCUCUACUCCACCGUCCAUGUGUAUGUGAGAGACCCUGCGGUGGCGUUCGUGGUGUCCAGCGGCGCUCUGCGUCUUGUGCGUAAGGAGGGCGGUUCCUGCGUUCUGCCAUGCCUCAUCACUGACCCCGCCCUGGCCCCCGUCACGCUGCGAUUGGCUAAUGGCUCGGCCCCGCCCCCCGACCUCAACUUCACCUCCGACCCCCACAGAGGGGUCACGCUCAUCCAGCUGCGUCACGGCCACACAGGCGACUACGUCUGUGCUGCCCACGCCAGAGGCCAUCAGGAGAUCUUCUCCAGAAUAUUCAGCCUCAACGUCAUCCAGAGGUUACAGGCUCCACCCUACGUGUUCCUGAAGCAGACGGAGUAUGUGCGCAUCGUGGGGGAGGAGCUUAAGAUCAGCUGCACCACCCACAACCCCAACUUCUACUACAACGUCACCUGGAUACACAACUGCUCACACGCAUUGCGUCCGGAGGAGAAUGUCCACUCGAAGGGCAGUCAGCUGGACAUCGAGAGUAUUUUCACUAUUCCUGCGGUAACGCCAGAGGAUUCCGGAAACAUUACCUGUGUGGGAAUCAACGAAGCUGGAAUCAACAGCUCAUCAACACGUCUACAAGUUAUAGAUGAGGCGUACGUGCGUGUGCGUGUGGUGCAGCCGUCGGAGCUGGACGGGGGUCUGCUGGAGGUUGCCGAAGGGGAGGACGUGCAGGUGCAGCUGCUGGUCGACGCCUACCCUGCCCUCACCUCACACACCUGGACCACGCCCACCUCGCCAUCCAACACCACCCUCGAGCAGCACCUCUACCGCCAUGGGCCCUACAGGUGGGAGGCCUCUCUGCUUCUCAGGCGAGUGAACUAUCAGGAACAGGGCCUGUACACGUUUACCGCCCUCAGCUCCAAAACCAACGCAUCCAUCUCCUUUAAGCUCCUCAUGUACCAGCAUCCGGUUGUGGCGGUGCGGCGUGAUAAUGCGAGCGCGCUGACCUGUGUGUCGGAGGGAUACCCUGCGCCCACCAUCCUGUGGUACCAGUGCUCCGGAAUCCACGCCGGAUGUGCUGAGAACAUCACGGGAACAGAGAGCCUGUCCCAGCUCAGGGCGGAGUCUGUUGAGGUGGAGAGGGCGGAGUUUGGGGCGGUGCUGGUGGAGAGCAAGCUGCUGAUUGGCCAGGCAGACCGACACAUCACUAUCGACUGUGUGGCCUCAAACGCUGUGGGCCAGAGCAGAGCAGUGUUCGCCAUGGAAGUACCUGAUAAGCGCUUCUCUACUUACCUUGCUGGUGGCGCUGGAGUGGUGGCCUUUCUCAUUCUUCUGCUCCUCAUCCUCCUCUACAAGUACAAGCAGAAACCCCGCUAUGAGAUUCGCUGGAAGAUCGUGGAGGCAACCAAUGGAAACAAUUACACUUUUAUUGACCCCUCUCAGCUGCCGUACAAUGACAAAUGGGAGUUCCCUCGUGAUAAGCUCAGACUGGGAAAGACUCUAGGGGCUGGAGCCUUUGGUAAGGUGGUGGAGGCCACAGCAUAUGGUCUGGGAGAGGGAGACAACGUCACACGAGUGGCCGUGAAGAUGCUGAAGGGGAGUGCUCACUCAGACGAGAAGGAGGCUCUGAUGUCAGAGCUGAAGAUUCUCAGUCACCUCGGGCAGCACAAGCACAUCGUCAAUCUCCUGGGAGCCUGCACACAUGGAGGUCCUGUGCUGGUCAUCACUGAGUACUGUUGCCAUGGUGACCUGUUGAACUUCCUGCGAGGGAAAGCGGAGAGCUUCCUGAGCGUGGUGCUGACCCUCCCGCCCACCCCUGAGGACACCAGCGACUACAAGAACCUGCUGGGAGGACCCAAGUUCAUACGCAGUGACAGUGGAAUCUCCAGCACUUGUUCUGACAGCUACCUGGACAUGAGGCCGGUUCCAGGACCUGGUGGCUCUCAAGCCCUGUCAUGUGGUCAGGACAGAGAUUCAUGGCCAGUGGAUAUGGACGAUCUCCUGCGGUUCUCCCUCCAGGUGGCCCAGGGCCUUGAGUUUCUUGCCAAUCAGAACUGUAUUCAUAGAGACGUGGCGGCACGUAACGUUCUCCUGGCGGAGGGUAGAGUGGCGAAGAUCUGUGACUUUGGGCUGGCCCGUGACAUCAUGAACGACUCAAACUAUGUCGUCAAGGGAAAUGCUCGUCUGCCUGUGAAAUGGAUGGCCCCAGAGAGCAUCUUUGAGUGUGUGUACACAGUGCAGAGUGAUGUCUGGUCCUACGGCAUCCUCCUCUGGGAGAUCUUCUCUCUGGGUAAGAGUCCGUACCCCAGCAUCCUGGUUGACUCCAAGUUCUACAAGAUGAUCAAGUGUGGCUACCAGAUGCAGCGACCUGACUUCUCCCCUCCUGAGAUGUACUCUAUUAUGAGGAUGUGCUGGACCUUGGAGCCUACGGAGCGUCCCACCUUCAGUAAGAUCUGCAGCAUGAUCCAGAGGCUACUGGGAGACAAAGUGGAGCCGGACACCACGGGAACCUAUCAGAACACUGAGCAGCUGAAGCAGGAGGAGCCGGUGGGAUCAUGUGAUGAGCUCAAGUGCACCGAGGAGUCAUGUGACCAGUCACAUGAUGCAGAACAGGAAGAGGAGCAGCCGCUUAUGAAGACCAACAAUUACCAGUUCUGCUGAGAGACCAGACUCACACACACACACACACUGAGCCUCUCUGCUGAGAUCACUUCAAACAUACACACCACCAAACACGUACUCUCUUUUACACACACACACACUGACCCUCUCUGCUGAGAUCACUUCAAGCAUACACACCACCAAACACAUUCUCUCUUUUACACGCACACACACACUGACCCUCUCUGCUGAGAUCACUUCAAACAUACACACCACCAAACACGUACUCUCUUUUACACACACACACACUCACUGACCCUCUCUGCUGAGAUCACUUCAAACAUACACACCACCAAACACAUACUCUCUUUUACACACACACACAGCUACUCUCUUUUACACACACACACAGCUACUGUAUAUUGUCUUCAUUAGUUUAGCCAUAAUCAUGUUAAAGUGUCCUUAAGCUACUGUAUGUAUGAGAAUACUUCAUGUGUUGUAUGCAGUUUAGUGAGCCUGCAGCUCUACCUAGACUGAUGCAGUUCAGUGUGUGAAUGCGUCCUGCAGUUCAGUGUGUGAAUGCGUCCUGCAGUUCAGUGUGUGAAUGCAUCCUGCUGCUCCCAUGUGAUAGGUAUCUACCGUGUGGGAAGCUGGAGCCAAUCCAGAUUAAUCUAAAGUGGAUCUGGAGCCAAUCUGAAUUCAAUCUAGAGUGGAUCUGAAUUUGCUGAAGCUCGGGGGGGUCAGGUGUUCUCCAUUCCUUUUUCUCUACUGCAUUCUGUGUGUUUGACCCUCUGGACACAUGUGUGUGUGAGACAUCCAUCUUUAGAUAAAUGAGAAUAGUAGAGGUUCUGGGAACUAGUCUUACUCACAACGGAGUUUCCUUCUCAUUCCCCGAACAAGUACAUCUUUUUUAUUUCUGUCUGUGUGUGUGUGUGUGUGUGUGUGUGUGUGUGUGUGAGAGAGAGAGAGACAGAGUGUGUGUCUGUGUGUGUGAGAGAAAGAGAGAGAGAGAGUGUGUGUGGGUGUGUGUGUGGUUCCUCCUUUGCUUUCUGUCUGACUGGAGUGGACCCAUCCUCUUCCUUCUAAUAUGAAUCGGUCAGAUGCAAGAGACUUGACCUGACAUACUUCACCACACAUUCUAGUUGCCAUGAGAGCCUUUGCAGGGAUUUGACAGUACUGAGGCCUGUAUCCUAGAACUGAAGAACUGAGCCUGGGAAAUAAUGUUUUUGUUUGGUUGCUAUGGUUUUCUGUGAUGUAGCACUCAGCGGAUACUGCCAAAUGACCACUAACUGACCUCAUCACUGGACCUCAAGUCUUUCUCUUAGGGUCAGGAUGUCGUAAUCUCUUUAACUCAUGAAGCUGCAGAGUUGCAGUAUGUAGCCACGCUGAUCAGACCUGUGUCACUGGCAGGGAGUCUGUAGCCAUCUGUAGCUGUCUCACUAGUCAGUCUGUAGCAAUCUCAGCCUUUGAGGGCAGGUCAUCAGACCAGUCUGCACCCCACACAGCAUCUUGCCACUGGUCAGUCUGUAGCAAUCUCACCCUUUGAGGGCAAUUAAAUUAUUUUGUCCCCGAGGGGCAAUUUCCCUAUGCAGGCAUAGUGACAUAUAAGACAUAAAACAACAUAUAAGACAGGACAAAAGAAAGAACAGGACAGACCGGUCAGCACCCCACAGCAUCUCACUGCUCUAAAGGUGUCUUAGGGGUGAGUGUUAUCGCUGUUGAAUUUGUAAAACUAUCUAAUAUAUCAACUUCACUGAUGAUGGGUACAAGUUUGAAAUGCUGCCUCAACGUCAGUCUUUGUCUUCAGACUUGCUCUUAGCGUACUUUUUUUCUAAUUUACUUUUGCGAGCCCAGGGCUCCCUUGAAAGAGAUGCUAGAUCUCAAUGAGACUCAGCGGGUUAAAUGAAAUGAUAAAUAAAAUUAAAAACAGAAAAAUGAUUUGAGUUGUAGAGCAGUAGCCCCUGUCUCCUGUGUGUCUGUCUAAAGGAGGUGGGCUGUAGCGGUCAUCUCUGAGUCCAGUGUGUGUUGUAGAAGACGCCAUCGUGCAAGUCUCACAGAUGGUGAGUUUGUAGAAUUUUGUGCGCCAGGCUUGCUGGGCCUAGGGUCAGGAGGUCAUGAUGGGUAGUGUGGGCAUUCUGCCACGCCCCUGGGGUCAGGAGGUCAUGAUGGGUAGUGUGGGCAUUCUGCCACGCCCCUGGGGUCAGGUCAUGAUGGGUAGUGUGGGCAUUCUGCCACGCCCCUGGGGUCAGGAGGUCAUGAUGGUGAUUGUAUAUUUUUGCAAUUUGUCUGGAGACUGCUGGUGUGUAAUCUUCAAUAUCAUGUAUCUAUCAAACUAUAUUCUUAUUCACAUGUUAAUGAAAUGAUAAUGUAUUCUUUCCAACUGUAUUCUUCCACAUGUUAAUGAAAUGAAAUGUUCUGAAAUGUUCAAUAUAAAUCCUCUUCGAUAUAAAGUUUAUAGCUGUAUUCAGGUUUGUGCCAACCAUUAAAGCUGGUUUCGUUGUAUUCUGUGCAAUGACAUUAAAGAAUUCUAUUCUAUUCUAAA